UCUCUCUCUCUAUCCUCCGUUUCUCUCUCAUCGUCGCGAUUCAUCCGCACAAAAUCUCUGGAUUUUCGGUAUUUCCAGAGCGAUCGAUCGAUCUGGGUGACACGAAGAUAACCCUUCCCUUAUCGUCGCCGAUAAUUGGGAGGACAACUAAGCCCUAAAAGACCCUUUACUCGUUAGAUGGCGGAUUGGAGGAGGAGAUCUGCGAGCGCGUGCUUGAUCUAGGGUUUCCCCUUCGAUUGUUCGAAUCUAGGGUUUCGUGGUGUGGGAAUUCGAUUUCGAAUUGAUGUUUCUUUUCAGGGACGAAGCUGGGAUCGACUCGGAAGAUGGAGGAUUAUGCAUGGGUCCGGUGGUGAGGAGUGGAAACAGAGCCGGCACAUGUGGCCUGUACCUUCCAACGCGACCACUGUAGCCCCCGAUUCUUCACCGUCUGAAUUUUUAUGCAAAGAUGGACGCAAGAUUCGUGUUGGUGAUUGUGCACUUUUCAAGCCACCCAGGGACUCCCCUCCUUUUAUAGGAAUAAUUCGCAAGUUAACGUUUGAUAGAGAAGAAAGUCCAAGUUUAGAAGUGAAUUGGCUUUACCGACCUGCUGAUUUGAAGCUUGCUAAAGGGAUUGUGCUGGAAGCUGCACCAAACGAAGUUUUCUACUCCUUUCACAAGGAUGAAACACCUGCUGCAUCAUUACUUCAUCCGUGUAAAGUAGCAUUUCUUCGUAAAGGUGUUGAACUUCCUUCAGGGAUAUCUGCAUUUGUCUGUAGACGAGUUUAUGACAUUGAGAACAAUUGUUUAUGGUGGCUAACUGAUAAGGACUACCUUAAUGAACGACAGGAAGAAGUUAACCAGCUAUUAGACAAGACAAAACUAGAAAUGCAUGGGGCUGUGCAGUCAGGAGGCCGUUCUCCGAAACCCUUGAAUGGUCCAACAUCAACACAGUCAUUGAAAUCUGGUUCUGACAACGUUCAAAGCAGUUCUUCCUUUAGUGCACAGGGUAAGGGCAAAAAGAGAGAGCGGGUUGAUCAGGGAUCUGAUUCAUCUAAAAAAGAGCGCUUAUUUAAGGUAGAAGAUGGAGAUUCUGGUCAAUUUAGGCUGGAGAGCAUGUUAAAGUCUGAGAUUGCUAAAAUAACUGAUAAAGGUGGGCUCGUGGACUUUGAAGGAGUUGAAAGGCUGGUACAGCUCAUGCAACCUGAUAGUGCUGAUAAAAAAAUAGAUUUGGCUGGGCGGAUAAUGCUUGUUGAUGUAAUAGCACUUACAGACCGGUAUGACUGUCUUGGCUGGUUUGUCCAGCUCAGGGGUUUGCCUGUGUUGGAUGAAUGGCUGCAAGAGGUUCAUAAGGGAAAAAUUGGUGAUGGAAAUAUGCCUAAAGAAAGUGAUAAGUCGGUUGAAGAAUUUCUUUUAGCUUUACUUCGUGCUUUGGAUAAGCUUCCUGUGGACCUUCAUGCACUACAAACCUGUAACGUUGGAAAGUCUGUUAAUUAUUUACGCACCCACAAAAAUUCUGAAAUUCAGAAGAAAGCUAGGAGUUUAGUAGACACGUGGAAGAGGCGUGUGGAAAUUGAAAUGAAUAUGACUGAUUCAAAGACUGGUUCAACCCGCACUGUUUCUUGGCCAGCAAAGCCAGCAGCUUCUGACACUCCUCAUGUUGGAAAUAGGAAAACAGGAGGGUCCUCUGAGAAUGUUGCAAAGAGUUCAGCAAUUCAGCCCUCAAUAUCGAAAAAUUCCCAAGCUAAGCUAAGUUCUGGAGAAGCAUUGUCCAAGUCCUCUGCAUCCCCUGGCUCAACAAAAUCCAUGAAUACCUCAGCGGGCAGUAACUCAAAAGAUCAAAACAUUAAAGUCUUGGUUGGAGCCACAACGUCAGAUCUACCGCUGACACCUAUCAAGGAGGAGAGGAGCAGCAGCUCUAGUCAAUCUCAAAAUAACAGCAUAUCUUGUUCUAGUGAACAUGCUAAAACUAUUGGUUCUUGUAGGGAAGAUGCAAAAAGCUCUACUGCAAUGUCAACGGGUGCGAGCAAACUUCCUGGGGGUGCAUCUCGAACUCGGAAGUCAAGCAACGGUUUACAUGGUGCUGGUGUUGCAGUAGUACAAAAGGAGCACAGCUCUGCAAAAAAUUCUACUAGAAGUUCACCUUCUGACAAAGUAUCACCUACUCGAGUGUCCCAUGAAAAAUCAGCUGACCAGCCGCUUCCUGAUCAAGGGAGCAAUCAGCGACUGAUUCUCAGGUUGCCAAACACUGGUCGCAGUCCUUCAAGGGGAGCUAGUGGGGGUUCUUUUGAAGAACCAGCUACUAUGUGCAGCAAAGCAUCGCCACCUGCUGACAAGAAUGAAAAUCAGGACAGAAGAGUGAAAACUAAACCUGAUUGUUUGCAGUCUCAUGUUGUGUCAAAUACAGCAAAUGAUGCAUGUGAUGCUAAUGAAGCCUUGAUUGGUGUUGACGAAGGUAAGGGCUCUCCGAUGGUUGAUGAGCGCUGCAGGGCAAAUGAAGAUGGUGAUAAAGUAGAAGAAGCAUCAAAACCAACUAGUUCUUCAUCUGGCUUUGUUUCCAGAUCAGGGCAGACGUAUGAUGCUUCAUUAAGCCCGAUGAAUGCAUUGGUUGAAAGCUGUGUGAAAAUUUCUGAAGCAAGUGCAUCUGUGUCCCUUGGUGAUGAUGGAAUGAACCUACUAGCUACUGUGGCUGCUGGGGAAAUAUCCCGAUCUGAAAAUGCCUCACCGAUGGUAUCCCCUGAGAGGAAGUCUCCUGCAGCAGACGAAUCGAGCUCCGGCAAUGAUUUCAAGUUAAAACAUUCUGGUGAAGCUGCUACACGCACUCUUGCACAAUCUGACAGUGGGGCUACUGGAGAGCACCCUUUGAAUACUGUUGAUUCAUUGCAAAUCAAAAGUGAUUCAAGGCAUCCUGCGACAACGUCACAUGAUUUUUCAGGAGAUGGUGAAGCUAUUUCUUCCAGUUGUAUAGAGAAAACCGGUGAUGGUAGAACUCAAAUAAAUAUCUCUGGUACAGAUUUGAUACAAAAUGCUGAGGGUCCAUGUUUGCGGACCGAAACCAAAGAGGAUGCUUCUGAAACUAUUUUGCCAGCUAAAAAGGAGACUGACGCAGACCCAGGAGGUUCAGACUCUAAACUAAAGUCAAGGACAUCCUCUUUUGAUGAGGACCAGAAGGUGGAUCACAUGGAUGAAGGAAUCAUAGAGAAUGAGAAAAUGUUGGCUUCAAAAGCUGUUGCUAGUGUUGAGAUUGAAAAUGAAGUAGAUGAAAAACCACCUGAAUUAUCUUCAGGAGUAGAUAAUGAAAACCAGAUUGGUGCAGAGAAAAUGACAGGUACUGGUAUACUAGUGCAGAAGCCCCCUUCAGUUGCAGAAAACUGCGAGUCUGUUGAUUUUAAAAAGGAGUCACCUGCUUCUGGUAAUGCUUUAAUGGUAUCAAGGGAUGAAAAUGCCAACGACAUGAAAUCAGUUGAAAUUGUGCCUGAUGAAAAGCGAAAUGAACUGGUUUCAUCAGUUUCCAAUGAUGGUACUGAAUGUGCUGAAGAUAAUUUGGAUAGAAAAGAGGCUAUUGGCCACUGUUCUGGCUCAUCAGUUCUCCCAGAUUUACCGACAAUUGCUGGGAAAGAGAAUGAAGUGCACAAAUCAUCUGAGCGUAAGGUAGAUGGAAAUCAAUCUGAGGUUGCUGGAGAGUGGCAAGCAUGCAGUGUUAAUCCAUCUCUUACUGCUGCUGGGUCUGAUACUGCAGUAAAGCUGGACUUCGAUUUAAACGAAGGCUUUCCUGUUGAUGAUGUUAGCCAAGGGGAGAUUGCUAGACAGGAAGAACCUAUCACAUCAUCUGCCAUUCAUGUUCCUUGCCCCUUGCCUUUUCCCAUUUCGUCCAUCUCUGGAGGCUUCCAUGCUUCAAUUACAGUGGCGUCUGCUGCCAAAGGACCGGUUGUUCCACCAGAGAACCCAUUACGGAGUAAGGGAGAACUUGGAUGGAAAGGGUCUGCUGCUACAAGUGCAUUCCGGCCAGCUGAACCUAGGAAAAAUGCAGAGACACCAUCAAAUACUAAUGAUGUUCCUUCUGUUGAUGCCACUUUUAUCAAACAAGGUCGGCCUCCUUUAGAUUUUGAUUUAAAUGUGCCAGAUGAAAGAAGUUUUGAGGAUGCUGCUUCCCGUGGUUCUUUGGAAUCUGGACCUCAUGAUCGCAACACUGUGGGACUUGAUCUUGAUUUGAACAGAGUUGAUGAGACUCCUGAAGGUGGCACAUUCGGCGUGAGCAAACUGGAUGUUCCUUCUUUACCAAGUAAGCCUUCGUUGUCCAGUGGGUUAUCUAACGGGGGAAGUGUCUCAAGAGACUUUGAUUUAAAUAAUGGGCCAGGCCUUGAUGAAGUUGUCAGCGAAGUCCCAUCACAUAGUCAGCACAUGAAAAGUUCUGUGCCAUUUCCAACUGCUGUUCAUGGCACAAGAACAAAUAAUACAGAAUUUGGGAAUUAUUCUGCGUGGUUUCCUCCAGGCAAUUCUUAUUCUGCGAUUACUGUCCCGCCACUUCUGUCUGGUAGAGGGGAGCAGAGUUAUGUAUCUGGUGCUGGGGCACAAAGGAUAAUGGGUCCCACGGGGAGCACUCCUUUUGGUCCUGAGAUCUACAGGGGUCCGGUGCUUUCAUCCUCUCCAGCUGUUGCUUAUCCACCCACAACACCCUUUCCGUAUCCAGGAUUUCCAUUUGAAACCAAUUUUCCAUUAUCCUCAAACUCCUUUUCUGGUUGUUCAACAGCAUUUAUGGAUUCCUCAACUGUGGGCGGACUAUGCUUUCCUACCAUGCCCUCACAGCCAGUUGGGCCUGGUGGGGUUGUAUCAUCCUCAUUUCCCCGUCCCUAUGUUAUGAGUCUUCCAGGUGGCACAAGUAAUGUGAUACCUGACAGUAGAAAAUGGGGAAGCCAAAGUCUGGAUCUUAAUUCUGGCCCUGGUGGUACAGAUACAGAGCGGAGAGAUGAUAGAUUGCCAUCAGGAUUGAGGCAAAUGUCUGUCCCCAAUUCACAAGCAUCAAUGGAGGAUCAUUUGAAGAUGUUUCAGAUGGCAGGUGCAUUAAAAAGAAAGGAACCUGAUGGUGGUUGGGAUGGAGCUGAUAGAUUCAGUUACAAGCAACCCUCAUGGCAGUAGGAUCAUGGCUCUUCAAAGUGAAUAUUUAGGAGGUGAGCCACUUGUAAGUCCUACCCUCACAAGCCUUUUAAUGUAUUUUCAACACCUUGAUUUCAAACAUAUUUAGAUUGCUCGUCUUUUUUUGAGAUGAAAUUUUAGUUUACGGUACUUGUGUUAUUUCAUGUUCUGUGUGAGCGCAACUAGUUCUGUUGCUCCACGAGUUUUUGAGCUAUGUACCGGACAUUUUUAAUGGACAAUCAUCUUUUAGUUGGAAGUUUCUUACUCUGACAUCUAUAUUGUUAAAAAAAGGCCUCUAUAUGCUUCAAAUUUCUGUCAGUAUUUGGUUAAUUUGGUUUUACUGCUUGUAUGUUUCUCUGCCAUGUAUUUUCCGUAUUUAAUUGAAUGGAAGUUUAAAACAUGUAAUGUAUUGAAGCUGUAAGUGUUCUGGCGCAGCUUUUGUGGAAAAUGUCAGAAAAAAUGGGGAUAUUAUUUGAGUGUUGAGCCAUGGACAACGAGCAGAGAUGCUACCCUUGCUGCUGAUGCACCACUUCAUUUCUGACUUGACAAAGUGAUCAGAGCUUCUGAUGCACUUGUUUUGUAUGAAAUCUGCUCCCAGAUUGUCCCUUGCAGAUAAGUUUUUCCUGUGUAGAUAUCUAACUGAAACAGCAGGUGUGAUAAUGCCGCCUAGGAUCAGAGAAAUGGCAUUCAAGUGUUUGGGUGAAUUAUAGGGUGCACAAGUCUUAAAACUUGUGCACUAUACACAAUGCAAUAUGACCUGAUAUUGUAGGUUGUUAGAGUUUUUAAUAUUUUUUUUAGCUCUUCUUUUAUAUUAAGGACAUAAUAUUGAUGUGACACUGCAAUUAAGUCCUUUGCUCCUUUCUCUUGUUUAAGUGGUAGAAGACUUGUUCUUGGCUACAAAUAACCCCUAACCAGUGUCUUCUCUGCCUUUGUCGUAUUGGUAGGGGAAUACACCAGUAAUUACUCAAAACAAUCGAAAAAAAACUACAAGAACAUCUCAAUUUUAGAACUGACACCAGCUGAGCAGUGUUGUAAGAAACUUUGAUUGAGACCAACGAGAUCCUAACUGUGAUCAGCAUACACAUUCCCGCAGCAUGAAUAAUAUGAAAAUGUUGUACCUCCAAUUUAACAGUUUUACAAUGAAGUGGUCUGGUUUAUACUGGAAUAAAGAUGCAAAACAAUAUUUACAUGUUUUAAGUGAAUUGCGUGGACCAAUAAUCGUUUAGAUAAUAAAAAAAACCCUUCAAUAUUUGAAGCUAUAGGUCAUCAUGCGAGGAUUUUUGAAUGUUAAUUACUCAAAGGGAUUUAGCAACAUCCUUGGCAGAGCAACAUGUAUUAAAAUGAGGACAGGAACGAACGAAUGGUAGCUGCAAGACAUAAUCACCAUAAUGACCCACGCAGGAUAACAGUGUUGAAAAGAACUCAUGUCUAUCAAGCAAUUGCUUGGCUCUAACCAAUGAGAAAUGCCUAUCAAGCAAGUUUAGUUUUGUUGGUUUCAUGUUGAGGGAUGUUCAAACUGUGUCUAAACCCAAAUAUCCUUGUAAAUUUAAGAGUUCAGGUUAAAACAAAGAAUGGUCUAACGAGUUUUUACACAAUCAAUAGUUUUGAUUUAUUCGUUUUAGAUAAUAUAAGUUGUAUACAAAUAGCAAAAAUAUUUAUUUGUUUUUUUAUCAUAGAUAAAUUUCCUUGUGCAUGCUUAAAAGGAGUCAAGUUGAUAGUGUAUCAUAUAAAAUUGAGCAGUAGAAUUACUCCACUGUAUUUUCUUUUAUAUACAAGGUAUCUAUCACAAAUGGGUUAAACAUGGAGGGAGGACGGACGGUCAAAGAAGGAAAAGUCUAUACACUAUGUUGCUAUUGGCCACCAAAAUUAUUUUGAUCCCAUUUCUCCUCCACUGUUUAAAUUGCAUAACAUCAAGGUACCAUUCU